CAACUCCAAUUUCGAGUACCAAGAUGGAGUGCGGCUGGGGUAUCUCUGCCCUUCAAGCGCGCCAGGACGAACUACCUGAGGAGCUGCGCGCUCUCCUCCGCCAAAGCUCCAAUGUCGACUUCCUCGCCGACUUGGCCCAGCUAUCACUGAACCCGCGCUUUACCGACUAUCUUUUUACGCUUUUCGAACCUCUUUUCGCCGAAGUCCGCGCCAUAUGGUCCGCUUCAUACCCUCUAAUUGAAGUCCUUCCCGCAUACGCGCGCAUCCUCUCUUUUGCGCCGCAUCUCUCCGACCAUGCUGAAGCUCUGCUCUCGCAGGGCGGCGAAGUUCUCUCGGCUGCUCUGAAAUAUGAUCCCGCUACGAGUGAACCUUCGACUGAACACCGCCUAGUUCAGCUUCUCCUUGGCCUCUUCCGUCUGCUAGUCUGCGACAAUGAGACCUUUGGGAAGACUCUCCAGCCUCUUUUACUUCAACCGUUGCUUGCGCAUUCGAGCAGGCCUGUACGAUAUCUCGCCAUACGAACAUUAUGUCUAUACCUGCACGCGGCAGAUGCGGCGCUGGAGGACAUGGUCUCCAAAUACCUGGGAGAAGAGGCUAUACUUGGAGAUUGGGAAGGCAAGGCUAUCGACUACCGGUUUCUUAGUCUUUGGGAAGAGAAACGUUAUAAGGAUGUCACCAAGAACUUGAGGCAGGCGCGUGUGGAACGGGAAUCUUACGUCCCCACUUCCACCAGCCGGGUCAUCACUCGCGACGACCUUAGCCCUCAUACCGCUGAAAUAUACGGAGUUUUGUUGCCUCGCUCGAGCGCUUCUGCGCCUCCUGUGGACGAAGGCAUUAAGCUGGUUCCAACUAGCAUGGCUGUUCGGAAUCUAACUGCCGUGGCGAGAGAACUGAUCAACCCACAGCCUCUUGUUCUCACUGGUCUUGCGGGAUCGGGCAAGACGUUGAUCAUUAGGCACCUUGCCCGGGAACUCAACAAGCUUGACUCCAUGGUUACUCUUCACUUGAACGAACAGAGCGAUGCUAAACUUCUUAUCGGCAUGUAUACGACUGGAACGACGCCAGGAACUUUCAGUUGGCGGCCAGGUGUUCUCACGACCGCCGUGAGGGAAGGCCGCUGGGUUCUCAUCGAGGAUUUGGACCGCGCGCCAAACGAGGUUAUAAGCACUCUGCUACCGCUUAUUGAAUCCGGGGAGCUUUUGAUACCCAGCAGAGGCGAAGUUGUGCGUGCUGCCCGCGGAUUCAAGAUCAUUGCCACUUUGCGCACCACGCUGAAUCUUCGUGGUGAGCAAAUCACUCCUGGUGGAAGCAUGAUUGGCGCUCGAUUUUGGAAUCGAAUCCCUGUCCACAUGCCUCCAGAAGCCGAGCUUGGACAGAUUAUAUCUGCGGCCUUUCCGAACAUUCCCGAUGCACUGGUCCCACAGAUUAUGGCUGUGUAUGUGAGUCUGCACACACUGUCGAGGGAUAGGUCUUUCGUCGCGAUUAAAUCUGGCCUUUUCCGCCCCGUUACUUCGCGGGACCUCUUUAAGUGGUGCAGCCGAAUUACCCCUCGCAAUCUGGAUGACAUGUUUCUCGAAGCCGUCGACUGUCUUGCAGGAAGUUUGGAACUGGGCCCGGCCCGCGAUGCUAUAGUGGCGUGCAUUGCGCAAGAACUGCACGUGGAUCCUCAGAAACGUGAUCACCUAUUGCAGCAGCGCGUAAUUCCCUACAAGUCUACUGGAACCGACGUGUCCGGGGAGGUUGUCAUAGGCCGUGCCAUGCUGAAACGGGGUCAACGUAAGAGGCGUAGGGACAGGAGGCCCUUUGCGGCAAACGAGCACACACGUCGUCUGUUGGAGAGGAUUGCAGUUUCGGUCAACCACAGCGAACCGCUAUUGCUGGUCGGUGAGACAGGUACUGGAAAAACGACGGCUAUCCAACACCUUGCAAGUGAGCUUGGCCGGAAGAUGGAAGUCUUCAAUCUGUCGCAACAGAGCGAAAGCGGUGAUUUGCUUGGUGGUUUCAAGCCUAUCAACGUGCGCAGUCUGAUGGUGCCAAUGAAGGAUCGUUUUGAUGAAUUGUUCUUGUCAACCUUCUCUCACGAUAAAAACCGCCUCUUUCUUCAACAGCUCGGCGAGCAUAUGGCAAAGGGCCGAUGGAAGACAGUUUGCAAGUUCUGGCAGCAGGCUCUCAGGAUGGUUGCAGAUGCGGCUAAGGCUGCUGACGCUCUAGCUCCUGCGGUCACACCCAUCGCCGACACCGAACAACCCAAAAAGAAAAAACGCAAGGUUGAGAAGCAGCCGAAACUGCCAGCUACCUUCUCACAAGCCGAGUGGGACAGCUUUGCCAACGACCUAAAGCUUUUGGAAUCGCAGAUUGCCAACAAGUCUAAUGCAUUCGCUUUCAAAUUUGUUGAAGGUAACAUUGUCAAAGCCGUCCGGAACGGUGACUGGGUCCUUCUCGACGAGAUCAACUUGGCUGCGCCAGACACAUUGGAAGCCCUGGCCGACCUGCUCACUGGCGGCUCUGGCGAAACCCCUUCGAUUCUGUUGACGGAAACCGGCAACGUUGAGCGAAUUGAGGCUCACCCUAACUUCCGUGUCUUUGCGGCAAUGAACCCUGCCACUGACGUUGGUAAGAAGGAUCUGCCUACUGGCAUUCGCUCUCGCUUCACAGAGCUUUAUGUCGAGAGUCCUGACCGGGAUUUCAAGAGUUUGCAAAGUGUUGUCGAAACUUAUCUCGACCAGUUCUUGCAUACGGACACGAAGAUCUCUGCAGAUGUGGCGAAUCUGUAUCUGGAGAUCCAGAAACUAAAUGCAGAAAACAGGCUUGUGGACGGUGUCAAUCAGAAGCCUCACUUUUCGCUCCGUACUUUAACCAGAACUCUCACCUAUGCGCAGGACACAGCGCCUCUUCAUUCUCUCCGCCGCGCCCUGUACGAAGGUUUCUGCAUGAGCUUCCUCACUUUCCUAGACAAGUCUUCUGAGGAUCUCGUGACUGCCGCUACUAUCAAGUUCCUUCGGCCAGAGCUUCGUUCACCUCUCCGCAAACCUGUGGAUAAGGACAGGGAAUAUGUCCAGAUUAGACGCGACGACGGCAAGAAGUCACAUGAUCUCCGGAACAAGGGCAACAAGACCACAACUGAAGACGCAAAGUUUGAGGACUGGCUGAAAAAUGCGCACAAGGAUCCUCAAUGGCUUCGACAAGGCAGAUUCGAGUCGUCAGAAGAGGAACAUUACAUUAUCACCAACUUUGUCUGGCGCAACUUGACAAACCUCAUUCGCGCAGCAUCUACUCGUCGCUUUCCAGUCCUGAUUCAAGGUCCAACGUCAGCCGGUAAAACCAGUAUGAUCGAGUAUCUUGCGAAGCGAUCUGGCAAUAAGUUUGUUCGUAUCAACAACCACGAACACACUGAUUUGCAAGAGUACCUCGGGACCUACGUUUCUGGAAAUGAUGGAAAGCUGCAGUUUCAAGAAGGUAUCCUUGUCAAGGCGCUCCGCGAAGGUCACUGGAUCGUUCUGGAUGAGCUCAACCUGGCACCCACAGACGUCCUAGAAGCUCUCAAUCGCUUGUUGGACGACAACAGAGAACUGCUGAUACCGGAGACUCAGGAAGUCGUUCGCCCUCAUGAAGACUUUAUGCUUUUCGCCACCCAGAAUCCUGCUGGUCUGUACGGAGGUCGUAAGGCUCUAUCUAGGGCUUUCCGCAACAGAUUCCUCGAGCUUCAUUUCGAUGACAUUCCUGUCAACGAACUGAAAUACAUCCUGGAACGCCGGACUCAGUUACCACGAUCGUGGUGCGAACACAUCGUCAACGUGUACAAGGAAUUAUCGGCGCUUCGGCAGUCCAACCGCCUUUUCGAGCAAAAAAGCUUUGCAACCUUGCGUGACUUGUUCCGUUGGGCAAUGCGAGGGCCUGAAACAGCGCAGCAGCUCGCCGAACAUGGAUAUAUGCUGUUAGCUGAGCGUGUCAGGAAGGCUGAAGAGAGGCUCGCUGUCAAGCAGAUCAUUGAGAAGGUCAUCAAGCAAACGAAGAUUGAUGAGGACGUUCUUUAUUCCGCGGACAGAUCCUCGGAAAUCCAGCUGUACCAACAAAAUGUUGCCUCUGACUCUGGCAGCGUUGUUUGGACAAGAGCGAUGCGGAGACUGUACGUCCUCGUUGCGAACUCGCUCCGUUACAACGAGCCGGUCUUGCUUGUCGGUGAAACUGGAUGUGGAAAAACUACCGUCUGUCAAAUGCUUGCCGAUGCUUUCGACAAACAGCUUUUCGUCGUCAACGCUCAUCAAAAUACCGAGACUGGCGAUCUUAUCGGUGCUCAAAGGCCAAUUCGAAACAGGGCUUUCCUCGAGGAACAGCUUUUGCAGGAUGUCAGCACUAUUCUUGCUGAUGCCAGCCAAACCCUUGCUGGGUCGAAACUGGAGGAACUAUUACUGCAGUAUGAUGGAUUGAUCAAGGCUCAGCCAGAUGCGAUCCCUGAAGAAAAGCGCCUGCUUGUUCACUCGCAGCGAAUCAAGCUUGCAUCACUCUUUGAAUGGGCGGAUGGAAGCCUUGUCAAUGCCAUGAAGGGCGGCCAAUAUUUCCUCCUAGACGAGAUCUCUCUCGCUGACGAUUCGGUGCUGGAGCGGUUAAACAGUGUCUUGGAAUCUUCACGAACGCUGCUGCUUGCUGAAAAGGGACCAAUGGACUCUGAUAUUACGGCUUCGGAGGGCUUCCAGUUCCUUGCUACCAUGAACCCUGGCGGUGAUUACGGUAAAAAGGAGUUGUCGCCGGCUUUGAGAAACCGUUUCACCGAGAUCUGGGUUCCAGCUCUUUCAGACCUUGAGGAUAUUACCCAGAUUGUCAAGGCCAAGCUCCUCCCUUCGGCAGUCCAGUACGCCGAUACCUUGGUCAAGUUUUCGCAGUGGUUCAACGAGAAGUACAACACUUCGGCAGCGUCGUCCAUCUCCAUCCGUGACACUCUUGGUUGGGUGCACUUCAUCAAUCGCUGCGGCGUUAGCGACCCUGUUUUCGGAGUUGUCCAUGGCGCUGCUAUGGUCUUCAUUGACACGCUGGGUGCUAACCCCGCUGCGUUGCUUGCGAUAUCUCCAGAAAACCUGGAUCGCGAGCGGGCGAUGUGCCUUCAGCAGCUCAGUGAACUUCUUGGAGCCGAUGCGACAGCGAUAUACUUUGAGCCGGCUGAAAUCAGUACUUCGGACUCAAUGCUCGGCAUUGGUUCCUUCUCAGUACCUCGUCUCAGUCACUCUGUUGCUGAUCCUAUGUUCUCAAUGGGCGCUCCAACCACCAAGUCGAACGCUAUGAGAAUCCUGCGCGCAUUGCAACUCUCUAAGCCCAUCUUGCUUGAGGGCAACCCAGGUGUAGGAAAAACAUCGCUGGUCACAGCCAUAGCCAAGGCGGUUGGCAUACCUUUGACCCGCAUCAAUUUGUCUGAACAGACUGAUUUGAUGGAUCUUUUCGGUUCCGACGUUCCAGUUGAGGGUGCUCAAGCUGGUACUUUCGCGUGGAGAGACGCUCCCUUCCUCAAAGCUAUGAAGAACGGAGAAUGGGUCCUCUUGGAUGAAAUGAACCUGGCUUCGCAAUCCGUUCUGGAAGGUCUCAAUGCCUGUUUGGAUCACAGAGGAGAAGUUUAUGUGUCUGAGCUUGAUCAGACUUUCCACCAACAUCCUGGUUUCCGAGUCUUUGCUGCCCAGAACCCGCAUCACCAGGGUGGUGGACGCAAGGGUCUUCCAGCGUCCUUUGUCAACCGUUUCACCGUGGUAUAUGCGGAUGUUUUCAGGUCUGAGGACCUUGUCCUCAUCUGCAAGCAGCAAUUCCCCAACACGACUGAUCAAGACGUUGAAACGCUCAUUGCUUUCAUCUCUGAACUGGAAGCUCAGACGACAGGCCGCAGGUUCGGUCUUCUUGGUAGCCCAUGGGAGUUCAACCUGCGUGAUACUCUACGGUGGUUGCAGCUUCUUACAACCCAAAAAGGCCUGCUUCCUACCGGUACUGUUCGGGACUUCCUUGAUACAAUCAUCACGCAGCGCUUCCGGACAGAAAACGACAGAAGUUACGCACUUGCUCUGUUCAACCAAGUGCUCAAGUCACCGGUUCGCCAACGAAGCUUCUACCACAACCUUGGCAGUGACCAUCUGCAGAUUGGCUUAGGACUGGUAUCACGCGAUCUGGUUUUCCAGCAUGUUUCGUCUAACCACAGCUUCCGUAAAUCGCAACUUCCGGUCAUGGAAUCCUUGAUGAUUAGCGUACAGCUAAACUGGCCUGUUAUCUUGGUCGGUCCGCCGGCCUCAGGAAAGACUAGCAUGAUCCGGCAACUUGCUGCUGUUGUUGGUGCUGAGCUUGUCACAACGUCCAUGAACGCGGACAUUGAUGCCAUGGACCUUGUUGGAGGUUAUGAGCAAGUCGAUCCGUCACGGCAGGUUCUUCGUUUCCUUGAAAAACUCAGUCUCUUUUCUCGUUCUUCUGUCAUCCAAACCCAAGCUCAGAACAUGCCGGAGCUUUCUUCCCUUUACCUUGAGCUCGUCUGCCUUUCAUCUGCAGAUCUAUCUUUAAUCAGUUUUGAAGGUAUCAAGAGUCUACUGACACAGAUCCAAAACCGGGACCACCGUGCCGAAUUGGUGGAGCUUCUCAACGAGCUUGAGGCCGUUCAGAGAGAGUCGGCCACUGUUGACAAGGCCCAAUUCCAAUGGGUUGAUGGUCUUCUUGUGCAAGCUCUAGAGCAAGGAAAGUGGCUUGUACUCGACAAUGCUAACCUUUGCAGCUCGUCUGUCUUGGACAGGCUGAAUUCUCUGUUGGAGCCCAACGGCUACCUGAGCGUCAAUGAGCACUCGACUAAUGACGGUGAGGCGAAGAUUGUUAGACCGCACCCCAACUUCCGGAUUUUCAUGACUAUGGACCCUCGACACGGUGAGCUAUCCAGGGCUAUGAGAAACAGAGCUGUAGAGCUAUUCUUGUUGCCCACACCUGAAGACGAUAUUACACGCAAUGACCAUCUGGAUGCAUUCUCCCUGGAAUCUGCUAUGUAUAGAUUCCGGUACCUAGAGAACUUCAGCCACGAUGCUGCAGCUGUUUCAUUUGACACACUGGUUUCUACUUCGAUGGAUCACUUAUCUCUGAGCGACUCGGCCCGACUCAGUCGCUAUUUCCAGCAGGUAUCCAUGGGUCUCCUGGACGUACCAAAUGCCGAUGUACAGAGUGCUCUGCAAACGCAUAUGGCUGCCUUCUCAGAAAUACAGGCAAGCUGGACGUCAAAAUUGGGCUCCUCUCUGACCGGACCGGUUGAGCAAAUGGGAGGCAGUGGAGCUUACAUCAAUGCGCAGCCAAUACAUCCUUUGAACAACUCCGCUCUUGUGCUAUACAAUGAUCGCUCCACCGCCGACGCAUACUGGCUUGCUGCGCUGUUCGACCUUUGCCUUGAGCUUUCAAAGAUGAGAAACUCUCUUCAGCAUGCUCAAGACCUGGCUAGCAGUGUCAAGGUCAGAGACCGCACAAGACUAGGCCGCUCGCUGGUCCCUUCGAAGGCGGCAUCAAAGACGAACAAGGACUCUAUGGCCAAGGUUGGACCUUUCCUUACGAACGUCUUCGAGACGCUGGCAGGCUGGGCGCAUAAUGUUAUGGAAGCGAACGUCAUUGACCAGGCCGCUAUCACUUCAACCCAGCCCAUACGUCAAUUCUGGAACGAUAUGUUUGCUCUGGUCGACUCCCAAACUGUCGAUGAGGCGGUGUUCCAAGUCUAUCUCACCUUUGGCAACCAAAUUUUCGCGUCUUUUGAGUUCUCAACUGAGGCUUCUGAGACGCUUUACAAGGGCCUGCAAGGUUCAAUGGAAUCGCUCAAGAUCGACAGUCAGUUAACCACUGGUUUGGGUAUGAAAGACAUUUGGCAGCGUUUCAAGCCUCAGACCCCACCAACGUACGAAGGGCUUAUCGGACUGCUCAAAUUGGAAGCCCUCGCCGAUCGUUUCGAUGCAUGCGUCUGGCUUGUAGACAUACCACUCAGCGAGUUGGUCCGAGUGCGCCUUGCCUUGGCUAACGCUAUUGAUUUGGUGUCAAGCAAAGGCGUCGACGCGGAGAGUCUCAUCAAUGACCUGGAGACUGCUAUUGCUGGGUUGGAAGAGAGUAUUCCAGAAGGCCGUUCACCGAUUUCGCCAUACUUUGGGAACUCGUUUGAGGGUCUUUGCCAGUACUCUGACAUUGCGCGGACCAACUUUAAUGGAGCGAAGAGCUCUGAGAAAUCCUUACAGUCACCAGAACUAGCGCUGUUAGCUCAGAGGCCUACGAGAACGUCCUCCGUCGAGCCCCAGGCUGUUAGGGAUUUCUUGAUCACUAGGAUAUCGUUGUAUCUUGGUGGAAGCAACGCCGCGGGCCCUAUCGCUAUCCAAGAAGGGUACCAUGUCUCUUUGCUCAAGGACAUUGCUGGCUUAAACAAUGUUGCCCUCUCGCAGAUGGACCUUCUCAAAUCUGAGAUUGAUGUUCUCGGACAGUCUUUAGUUGCCGGCGCUGAAAACCUUCAGCUGGAUCAGGCCAAGCACCUCCAACAGCUCCACGAAAUCAUAUUGAUGGAUGUUCUUGCCGCACAUGAGCAGCUUACUGAGCCAGGAACGUUGACUUCACCCGUCCUUCGGAAUGACGUACCGGAUAACCAUUACUUCCGGGCUGCUUUGAAUUUGCUUCGGGACAGUUUCAGCUAUCUUCCGCAGUCUGCUACGCAAACACUAGCCUCCCAGGGAUGGAUGGCAUUGGCCGUUGCUUGCUUGUGGCUAUACGUACCUGACCGUCCGUUCGAUCCGGCCCUCGGGCCAUUGGUCGAAAGAAGCCUCUUCAGCACCAAGCAGGCAGGUCUUAACGCCAGUUUAGCAGCACUUCGCCAUUUCGAGCAAUCUUUUACCGGCCAGCUUAACAACCUGCGGACUCGCCUUGUUGAACGGGACAUUGAUGCCAUGGGCAAUGAACCACAGGUCCCUGCCAUUGCCCGUCCGCCUGUGUCCGAGCUCUCACAAUUGUCCGGAGAAUUCAACAACCUCCUGCGGAUCCUUGGCGAUCUUGUACAGGCGACGGACGCUGGUCAACGCGAUAUCUUGCGGGAUCCAACGCUGGAGUUGAACAUUGCUCAGAUCAUCAAGCGACUCUCCGAAGGCUAUCGUUCGUAUGACGACAUAACUGGUCCCGUGGUGGCUUUCUUGCAAUGUUUGAAGAUUGCCAUGAUUUUGGCUGUCAAAGAAGACGAGAAUGCCUCUCCUUCGACGGACGUUUUUGCGUACGUCUCCAGUCAAACUCCAUUAUUAAACUCGGCGCCUGGAACGAACUUCCGUAAAGCCGAUGCGUUGGUGCACAACAAGGGUGAUAUUGACCUUCGCUGGCAUGCUCUGGGCUCCAUUGCGAUGAAGUUGAGUUUCGAACCAACACGCCUCCCAACCAUGAAUGAGCGUGAGGCUAUCAAUGAAAUCUUCUUCGGCUUUUAUCAGCAAUGGAAGGAUCGUCUGCAGGCUGAUCAGGAGAAGGCUGCUGAGCAAUCAGGGCUCUACCGUUACCGUGGUGGCCAGGAAGAAGAAGAGGAAGCCAAUGAAGAAGAGUUGCAAGGCAUGUUCCCAGAUUACGAACAGCAAACCGAAGAAGCCGGCAAAGACAAAAACGAAGAGACGCCGCAAGAGCUGGCUCGUAAGCUGGCCGCAUGCCAUGCCGAGAUCUUCAUCGCUAAAUCGGGCUCUACCGAUAAGGCAAAGGCGCUUCUUGAUCAAUCGAUCAAGAUUAUCGGUGAGGGCAAUGCCAAACAGCUGGGCGCAAACGGUAAAGACAACCUCCAGGCUACUUUGCCUGCCGUUUUCCUUGCGUUGCACGAGCAAAGCGAGCAUCUCACUCAAGAAAAGCCAUCUCCACGGAACUACAACUUCUAUACGGACGCCAAUAUCAGCGAGGCCAGGAAGUUGAUGACGCUCGUCCAUCGGAUCCAGAAGCGUUUCAGGCAAAUCAGAGCUGUCUGGCCUGAGCACGCAACUCUCAGCGAUGUGAUUAUGAUCUGUGACGAGCUCCUAGCUUUCCGCCAUGUCGAACCUGUGGCCAAAUUUCUGACUAAGGGCGAGAAGUUGCACGCUUCCAUUUACGAGUGGCAGCAGGUCGCGAGCAAGGAAUACAGCGCCGCCACUCUCUACGAUAAUAUCACCAACCUGCUCAUCAGCUGGAGGCAGCUUGAACUCACGACUUGGGCACGUCUGUUCGAUAUUGAAGCUGAGAAAGCUACGGAAGAUGCCAAGAGCUGGUGGUUCGUGGCGUAUGAGAACAUUGUCGCUGCUGCUGAAUCGCUUGAGAUGCACGGUACGGCGAUGGAUGACCACUCGAGGGAACUGUUGGUUACUCUGCAAAGUUUCUUGCUCUCGACCCCGGCCGGCCAAUACGCUCAACGCCUGCGGCUGCUUGAGCAAUUCCGCGAGCAUCUUCUCGUCCGCGAAGUCGAUGCCCCUGCUGUCAGGCCUAUUCGCAUCGCGCUUGGCAACUUUGUCCACUACUUUGCCCGCUUCGAGCAGCCUGUGCGCGACACGAUUGCCAAGGGACGUGUGGCUCUAGAGAAGGAUAUGAAGAAUGUCCUCAAACUCGCCAGCUGGAGGGAUCGCAACAUCGACGCACUUAGGCAAAGUGCAAAGACUUCUCACAGGAAGCUGUUCAAGCUUGUCCGAAAGUUCCGAAACCUACUCAACCAGUCUGUUGAUGCUGUCCUCAAGCAGGACCUGCCAGAAGGAACUGCUACCGCGCUUACUGCCACCCAUGUUCAGUCGAAGCUCACUGAUGCUACUGUCGAUUUUUCCGCUCUGGAGUGCUGCGUAAAAGACGUACCCAGCUGGGAUUCGCGCCCAUCACGUUUCAAGGACGUUCAAGCCACCGUCAAACUCAUGCACAGAAUGUCCAAGCCGCGUAACGAACCCAACGCUGUCUCCUACAUUCAAGAAUUCCUUGAGAACCUGCAGACGUCAAUCGCUCAACUACAGAAGGCUACGCCAGCGACUUUGACCGAAGAGAACACCCCUAUGGUCAAGCACCUCAAAUCCCAGAAGCGCAAGCUCUUCAAUGACACGCUCAAGGACCUUCGCGAAAUGGGCUUCCGAGCUCACGUCGGUGGCGACGUCCUGGAUAAGCAGGACUCUUUGGCCAAAAUACUAUCUCGCAUGCCGACCUUGCCAGCUCAAGCUAGUGGAGCCGAGGCACGCGCCGCCGAGGGUUACCUGCACAGAACAUUCAACCUCAUGGAUCAAGUUCGAGAGAUUUCACGAGAGCACAACGGCGACCUCGCCCGCGCAGAAGUGGCGCGCUGUCUUGGAAACUUCGAGAGCAUGCUGUACACAGCUCUCAAACAGCGCGAAACCAUCUCUAAGUCUCUCGAAGAGUUGGACGUUCUAGACAAGACUGUCAAGCAGGUCCAGGCUCUGUGGAAGACUGGCGAUGAUGGGUCAAGCGAAAGCACAGCUGUCGUUUCUGAGAAGCAUGCCUACGCACCGAGCUGGCUUGCCUGCGGUGCACCGAUCCUCCGGGUUGGCGCGCAGAUCGUAAACGCGCAGGCUCAACUUGGAAAACUCGCGGUCGGCGAGGUCGUUGAAGGCCUUCAUGCCAAGGCUGCACAGUGGGACGGACUGACGCAAGAGAUGUUGCAAUUACCUGACAUGCCGAAGGGUCUAUCUUCAACUGCGCAUGAGGCGGUGACACAUCGCAUCAGCGCCGGCGUUGAAGAGCUGAAAUCUACGAUUAACCAAUGGGAACAGUCGCAUCCUUUGCUCAAAUGCGUUCUGAGACAGAUUUCCGGCUGGCUCGACAGUGUUGAUUUCUCUGGCGCAAUUGGCAACGGCCUCUCUGAAAACACAUCUCUCCAGAAGGUCAGCCAGUCUAUCUUUGAGGUACUCGAUUCCAUUCUCGGCUCUGUCCAGGAUAUCGAGAAGGCACAUGAGACAUUGCCAAAGUCUGUGGAAGAGCCUUCCUGGCUUGUUUCCGAGAGCGGAGCAUUAUCAACAAGCUGCAAGGCACUUCACGUGCCGCACAUCACCGUUUCACUCCGCAGCGUGCUAAACCAGCUGCAACAUCUGCAUGAUACGAAUGCCCUGCGCGCAUCAAGCGCCAUGUUCUCGGCGCUUCUACCCAUCAUCGAAGAGUACAAGCUUGCUCACCAAGACGCCGUCAUUCGUUUUGGCCAACUCCACGAAUCCCUAAGCAAGAUGCUCUUCCGCCUUUCCAAGACGUUCAUUAUAGUCGGAAACCGCGGUUUCUGUACGCCCCAGGAAAAAUCUGACGAUGAAAAGGGCAAGCAGGAUCAGCUGGAAGGAGGCACUGGUCUUGGUGAAGGCGAGGGCGCUGAAGAUAUCAGCAAGGACAUUGGAGAUGAUGAAGACCUGAAUGAUCUCGCGCAAGAAGCCGACACGAGGGAAGAUCGGGAAGAACUUGAAGAGGAGAAGGAUGCUAUUGACAUGGGCAAUGAGGAGAUGGAGGGUGAUAUGCAAGACGCGCCAGAGAAAGAAGAUGAGGAAGGCGGCGAGUCUGACAAGGAGGGCGAGGAUGACGAUAUGGAUGAGGAAGCUGGCGACGUUGAUGACCUUGGCCCCUCGACGGUGGACGAGAAAAUGUGGGAUGAUGGCGGUGACGACGCGGAGAAAGACCGGGAGGGUGACGAAGGCCAAGGAAAGAAGGACGAGCAGGAGCAAAGUGCUGGUCAGGAAGGCGAGCAAAAGGAGAAGAAGGAGGCGGAGCAGCAAGAAGAUGAUGAUUUUGAGCCAGAAGCUGGCGCCGAGGAGGAAGAGCGCGUAGGCGCUGAGGAGAUGGAAGGCAUGGACCAGAACAUGCAAGAGGGCGAAACACUCGACCUGCCCGACGAGCUCAACCUUGAUGACGAUCAGAAGUCACUGGGAGACGAUGAAUCGGACAUGAUGGACGAGCUGGACGAUAUGGACGAUAAGAUGGAGGAAGAAGGCGAAGCUCCGGAGGGAGGCGAGGAGGACGGCGACGCACCUCCAGAAGAAGGCCCGCCGGACCUUGAGAAGGAGGCGGAAGAAGUUCCAGAUAUUGACGAGCAGGAGAAGGAGGAUCAGGCCGUGGAACCUGAAGCACAGGAGGAGCAACAGGAGGAACAGCCCGAGGAUCAAAUGCGCGGCACCGACGACAAGGAAAACGAAAAGGCCGACAAUGACGAUGCUGCUGAGACUGGUCUUGGCCUCGACGCACAUGAGGAUCAACAAGACAGCAAGGACCAGUCAUCCGGCGCGCAGCGUGACGAAGGCGCCGAAGGUGAAGCACAGGAUCAACAAAAGGAGUCUGCAGAGAAGGGCGAACGUGGCCAGGCCUCACAGCAGGAUGCAGUGGGAAGGGACGACGACAUGCAAGAUUCAGCUGAAGCUCAGCCAUUCAAGAAGCUUGGCGAUGUUCUCGAGAACUGGUACAACCAACAGCGCCAGAUCCAGAAUGCUUCGAAGGAAGAGAGGGAAGCCAAGCCGCAAGACAAGGAUGUUGACAUGGCUGAUGCUGACUUCGAGCACCUUCCGGACGAGGAAGCUGAAGCGGACGCUCAAGCGUUGGGCGCCGCUGAGGAAGACCAAGCCCGCGCCUUGGACAAAGAGAAUGCCCUUCCCGUUAAUGAUCAAGCUGAGCUGCCGGAGAAUCUUCCUCCAGAGGUUGAGCAAGGACCUGAACAGACCGACGACGUUCAGAUGGAGGAUGCGGAACCGACGCAGAAAGAGGGUGCACCAGAGCAAGAGCAGCAAGAACAAGAACAACCGAGCGGGCAACCUAAUGCUUUCAUGGGCGAGCCUGCCGCCGAUCGCUCGACCCAGCAAGCUGACGACAUGGAGCAGCCCGAGACAGCUGACGAAGACUCCGACCUCGGAGAAGUGGACAGACAACUCUCCGAAGCCCACCUCGACUCUGAGCAGUACCCGCGCUCGGUGGAGGAGGCUCGCACUCUCUGGCAACAUCACGAAUCUGGCACGCGCACACUCUCCCAAGGUCUGACCGAGCACCUCCGCCUGAUCCUCGCGCCCACCCUUGCCACCAAGAUGCGCGGCGGUCACCGCACUGGUAAGCGACUCAACAUGAAGGCUAUCAUUCCCUACAUCGCCUCGCAGUACAAGCGCGACAAGAUCUGGCUGCGCCGGUCGCUCCCAUCCAAACGCGCCUACCAAAUCAUGCUCGCCCUCGACGACAGCAAGAGUAUGGCAGAAAGCGCGUCCGGUCUCGCCUUCGAGACGCUGGCACUAGUCUCCAAAGCGCUGGCCAUGCUCGAAGCCGGCGAGAUCACAAUCGUACGCUUCGGCGCCGACGUGCGCGUCGCGCACCCCUUCGACGCGCCCUUCACGUCCGAAGCCGGCGUCGACGUGUUCCGCCAGUUCGGCUUCCAGCAGGAAAAGACGGACGUCAAGGCGCUCGUGAACCGCAGCAUCGAGCUCUUCCGCGACGCGCGCAUGCGCGCCACCGGCGCGGGCGCGGACCUCUGGCAGCUGGCGGUCAUCAUCUCUGACGGCAUCACGAACGACCACGACACGAUCGCCCGGCUUGUCCGGCAGGCGCAGGAGGAGCGCAUCAUGAUUGUUUUCGUCAUCGUGGAUGCGGCGGCCCAGGCGCCGAGCGCGAGCUCGGGCGCUGCUGCGCCUGCUGCGCCUGAGAAGAAGGGCAGCGUCAUGGAUCUGUUGGAUGUCAGGUUCGAAGACGGGAAGCUGCUCAAGCGGAGGUACAUGGACACUUUCCCCUUCCGCUGGUUCGUCGUCGUGCGCGAUGUGAGGGAGCUUCCUGGCGUGCUGUCCACGGCGCUGAGGCAGUGGUUCUCUGAGGUUGUGGAUACGGCUGGCUAGCGUGCAUAUGGGUGGAUUGUGUUGUUCGGAUACAAAAAGCAUUGUUUGGCGUUUGUUUUGAUGCUUUGCGUUGUCUUUGUCGUUAGAAUCUGAAUUUGCGUUUGCGUGGAAUGUUUCCGGCGUUAAUGGUUAGGAAAAUUUGCUCUGUACACUUAGUUAGCUCUGG